AUGAAUCCAAUGCAUCAGCUCCUCCUGAAUGUGAGAAAGGCUCGCGCCUCCAUCUCCCGAGGGAGGAGGAAAUCGGAAGCUACCAAGGGAAACCCCUCGAAACACUGCCCCGUUCCCUCGUCCAUGUCAUCCGUAUCAGUGAUUGACAAGUCCAAUUUGAUUCCUACGUCAUCAUCCUGGGACAUCCUUCCCGUCGAGCUCCAGAUUAAGAUAUUCGGCCAUUGUGGCAUCAAGGACCUACUUAAGUUGAAACUCGUCUGUACCGCCUUUUUCCGACUGAUUUCCUCCAACGAACAUGCCAUCACCCGGCAGUACCUCCGACAGCGCCGCCAUGGGACCCUUCCCUCCCCGAUAAAUAAUGAGCGGACCUACACUCGCAACCCGGAAGACGACGUCGUUAUCUUGUCCGACCUGUUUCCCCCGACUGAGAGCGUGAAGGGUGGCCACAUAUAUUCAUUUCGUUAUGUCUACAGCCUGCGACGCCGGCAGAACCUCUGCGCGACGCUGAGCUAUUACCUAGCAGACCGCGUCAUGGAUCGCUUCAUGCACCACGAGACCGUGUACAUGAAGACCAUGUUUCCUUCCAGGAAGGAACGUACUGCGUUUCAAAAGCAUACCGUUGCGAGGAUUUGGUUCUAUAUCACGCCGCUUAUGUAUUACACUCUUUACUUCCUCGAAGCCUAUAGUCGGGCUAGGCGAGAGCAGACGAAUAUCCUUCUACGUGAAUUCGAGGUCGGGCGGCUUCCCGUCCGCGUCCAUCCUGACGAUCGCAUGUCGAUGUAUCGCGAGCUGCAGGCGCGGAUUCUUCGAGAGCCUCCCUUUACCAACAACUCUACUCUUGUGUCCACCCAUCACUGCUUCCAACUGCUAGUCUCGUAUAUGCGGUAUACAGUGCCACCCGACGAGCAAGGCCCUCGGGACGACAGCUGGAUUGGCUCACUCCUCACCGUAUCACCGUUCACUCGGAUUGUGGAAUACUUCUCUGCCGAGAUUGGGGAUGGUGGCAGCCAGCGAACUCAGAGAAAAGAUUUCAUGCACAAUUUCCAUCACGACAUCACAGUAAACGAGAAGGAUGACAUGGAAUCGAUCGUCUUUGAGCGGAUCCCAAAUGCGCACCUGCAUUCUUCCGUUGAGGACGUCUGGUUUGAUGCGGCUAGACGCGAGAUGGCCCGGAGAAGGAUAACGCCACACGACGCAGAACUUGUUCCUGUCUGGGAGGGGUUGCCCAUCCUCAUCGGGUGUGAAAGCUGUCAUGCCUCGGAAGGAUGGCUUGCAUAG